AGAAGAGCGGGAGAGGGAGCAGCGGCGAGGGAGCGCGCAUUCCGGAGCAGGCUGCUCUGCCUCCGACCACAGGCUGUGUUGUGCAGGCUGUCCCCAGCCUCCAAACCCUGCGUCCCCUCCCCGGAGCGGCAGGCAGGGUGCUUCCUUUUAGCCACGUUUGGUAUGCAUGAGCACCACAGCUGCGGGGAGAGGGGAGGUGGCUUUCUUAAGAAGGUUCAGGGGCUUGGGCGAAGCCACUUGACGAGUCUCUCAAGUUCCAGGAAGCCUCUGCUUUAAUGGAAUCUGCAGGUGUGGAGAUGACCAUGGGAUGCCAGGGCUGUGGGGGACCAUCUGUUUUCUAGGUACUGCUCAGGUUUGCAGUUUCUUGUUUUCCCGGUGGAAUUCGGAAGGGGUCAUGAAUCAGACUGAUGCUUCUCGACCCCUAAACUGGACCAUCCGGAAGCUGUGCCAUGCAGCCUUCCUCCCAUCUGUCAGACUUCUGAAGGCUCAGAAAUCCUGGAUAGAAAGAGCGUUUUAUAAAAGAGAAUGUGUUCACAUUAUACCCAGCACCAAAGACCCCCAUAGGUGUUGCUGUGGACGUCUGAUAGGCCAGCAUGUCGGACUCACUCCCAGUAUCUCUGUGCUUCAGAAUGAGAAAAAUGAAAGUCGUCUCUCCCGCAAUGACAUCCAGUCUGAGAAGUGGUCCAUCAGCAAACACACCCAGCUCAGCCCGACAGAUGCUUUCGGGACCAUUGAGUUCCAAGGAGGAGGCCACUCCAACAAAGCCAUGUAUGUGCGAGUGUCUUUUGAUACGAAACCCGAUCUCCUCCUCCACCUGAUGACCAAGGAAUGGCAGUUGGAGCUCCCCAAGCUUCUCAUCUCUGUCCAUGGCGGCCUGCAGAACUUUGAGCUUCAGCCCAAACUCAAGCAAGUCUUCGGGAAGGGGCUCAUCAAAGCGGCGAUGACCACUGGAGCAUGGAUAUUCACAGGAGGCGUGAACACAGGUGUCAUUCGCCAUGUUGGAGAUGCCUUGAAGGACCACGCAUCUAAGUCUCGAGGGAAAAUAUGCACCAUAGGCAUCGCGCCCUGGGGGAUUGUGGAAAACCAGGAGGACCUGAUUGGAAGAGAUGUGGUCCGGCCGUACCAGACCAUGUCCAACCCCAUGAGCAAACUCACUGUUCUCAACAGUAUGCAUUCCCACUUCAUCCUGGCCGACAAUGGGACCACUGGAAAAUAUGGGGCCGAGGUGAAGCUUCGGAGACAACUGGAAAAGCACAUUUCACUCCAGAAGAUAAACACAAGAUGCCUGCCGUUUUUCUCUCUUGACUCCCGCUUGUUUUGUUCAUUUUGGGGUAGUUGCCAAUUAGACCCAAUUGGAAUCGGCCAAGGGGUUCCCGUGGUGGCACUCAUCGUGGAAGGAGGACCCAACGUGAUCUCCAUUGUUCUGGAGUACUUGCGAGACACCCCUCCUGUGCCUGUGGUUGUCUGUGAUGGCAGCGGACGGGCAUCUGACAUCCUGGCAUUUGGACAUAAAUACUCAGAAGAAGGCGGACUUAUAAACGAGUCUCUGAGGGACCAGCUACUGGUGACUAUACAGAAGACCUUCACAUACACCCGAACCCAAGCCCAGCACCUGUUCAUCAUCCUGAUGGAGUGCAUGAAGAAGAAGGAAUUGAUUACGGUAUUUCGGAUGGGAUCAGAAGGACACCAGGACAUUGAUUUAGCUAUCCUGACAGCUUUGCUCAAAGGAGCCAACGCCUCAGCCCCGGACCAGCUGAGCUUAGCUUUGGCCUGGAACAGAGUGGACAUCGCUCGCAGCCAGAUUUUUAUCUAUGGGCAACAGUGGCCGGUGGGGUCCCUGGAGCAAGCCAUGCUGGAUGCCCUCGUUCUGGACAGAGUGGAUUUUGUGAAAUUACUCAUAGAGAAUGGAGUAAGCAUGCACCGUUUUCUCACCAUCUCCAGACUAGAGGAAUUGUACAAUACGAGACACGGGCCCUCAAACACACUGUACCACUUGGUCAGGGAUGUCAAAAAGCUGAAGACUUCAAUAACUAGUUUGAUUUUCUGUUAUUGCCGACGGUUACUGCAUCUUCUUAUUAACUUAUGUCUUCUUUCCAAGCGAGAAUAUCCAGGUUUCGGUUGGAUCUAUUUUAAGGGGAACCUGCCCCCAGACUACAGGAUCAGCCUGAUCGAUAUCGGCCUGGUCAUUGAGUACCUGAUGGGCGGCGCCUACCGCUGUAACUACACCCGCAAGCGCUUCCGGACACUCUACCACAACCUCUUCGGACCCAAGCGGCCCAAAGCCUUGAAACUUCUGGGAAUGGAGGACGAUAUUCCCUUGAGGAGAGGGAGAAAGACGACCAAGAAGCGUGAAGAAGAGGUGGACAUAGACCUGGACGACCCUGAGAUCAACCACUUUCCCUUCCCCUUCCACGAGCUGAUGGUGUGGGCCGUCCUCAUGAAGAGGCAGAAGAUGGCGCUGUUUUUCUGGCAGCACGGUGAGGAGGCCAUGGCCAAGGCCUUGGUGGCCUGUAAGCUCUGCAAAGCCAUGGCUCACGAGGCCUCCGAGAACGACAUGGUGGACGACAUUUCCCAGGAGCUGAACCACAACUCCAGGGACUUUGGCCAGCUGGCUGUGGAGCUCUUGGACCAAUCUUACAAGCAGGAUGAGCAACUGGCCAUGAAACUGCUGACGUACGAGCUGAAGAACUGGAGCAAUGCCACGUGCCUACAGCUGGCCGUGGCCGCCAAGCACCGCGACUUCAUCGCACACACGUGCAGCCAGAUGCUGCUGACUGACAUGUGGAUGGGUCGGCUCCGCAUGCGCAAGAACUCAGGCCUCAAGGUAAUUCUGGGAAUUCUACUUCCUCCUUCAAUUCUCAGCUUGGAGUUCAAGAACAAAGACGACAUGCCCUAUAUGACUCAGGCCCAAGAAAUCCACCUGCAAGAGAAGGAGCCAGAAGAACCAGAGAAGCCCACCAAGGAGAAGGAGGAAGAGGACAUGGAACUGACAGCAAUGCUGGGACGGAGCAAUGGGGAGUCUUCCAGGAAGAAGGAUGAAGAGGAAGUUCAGAGCAGGCACCGCCUCAUCCCCCUGGGUAGAAAGAUCUAUGAAUUCUACAAUGCACCCAUCGUCAAGUUCUGGUUCUACACGCUGGCGUACAUCGGCUACCUGAUGCUCUUCAACUAUAUCGUGCUGGUGAAGAUGGAGCGCUGGCCUUCCACUCAGGAGUGGAUUGUCAUUUCCUACAUUUUCACCCUGGGAAUAGAAAAGAUGAGAGAGAUCCUGAUGUCGGAGCCGGGCAAGCUGCUGCAGAAGGUGAAGGUGUGGCUGCAGGAGUACUGGAACGUCACAGACCUCAUAGCCAUCCUUCUGUUCUCGGUCGGAAUGAUCCUUCGUCUUCAAGACCAGCCCUUCCGCAGCGACGGGAGAGUCAUCUAUUGUGUGAACAUCAUUUAUUGGUACAUCCGCUUACUAGACAUCUUCGGCGUGAACAAAUAUCUGGGCCCCUAUGUAAUGAUGAUUGGAAAAAUGAUGAUAGACAUGAUGUACUUUGUCAUCAUCAUGCUGGUGGUGCUGAUGAGCUUUGGGGUCGCCAGGCAAGCCAUCCUCUUUCCCAAUGAGGAGCCCUCCUGGAAACUGGCCAAGAACAUCUUCUACAUGCCCUACUGGAUGAUUUAUGGGGAAGUGUUUGCGGACCAGAUAGACCGUAAGCAAGUUUAUGAUUCUCAUACACCAAAGUCAGCUCCCUGUGGACAGAACGAGACCCGGGAGGACGGUAAGAUAAUCCAGCUGCCUCCCUGCAAGACAGGAGCUUGGAUUGUCCCAGCCAUCAUGGCCUGCUACCUCUUGGUGGCAAACAUCCUGCUGGUCAACCUCCUCAUUGCCGUCUUUAACAACACGUUUUUUGAGGUAAAGUCGAUAUCCAACCAAGUGUGGAAGUUUCAGAGGUAUCAGCUGAUCAUGACUUUCCAUGAAAGGCCGGUCCUGCCCCCACCUCUGAUCAUCUUCAGCCACAUGACCAUGAUAUUCCAGCACCUGUGCUGCCGCUGGAGGAAGCACGAGAGCGACCCGGAUGAGAGGGACUAUGGCCUGAAACUCUUCAUAACUGAUGAUGAGCUCAAAAAAGUGCAUGAUUUUGAAGAGCAGUGCAUAGAAGAAUAUUUCAGGGAAAAGGAUGAUCGAUUCAACUCGUCCAACGAUGAGAGGAUACGAGUGACUUCUGAAAGGGUGGAAAACAUGUCCAUGCGGCUGGAGGAAGUCAAUGAGAGAGAGCACUCAAUGAAGGCCUCACUCCAGACUGUGGACAUCCGGCUGGCACAGCUUGAAGACCUCAUCGGGCGCAUGGCCACAGCUCUGGAGCGCCUGACCGGUCUGGAGCGGGCAGAGUCCAACAAGAUCCGCUCGAGGACCUCCUCGGACUGCACAGAUGCCGCCUACAUAGUCCGCCAGAGCAGCUUCAACAGCCAGGAGGGGAAUACCUUCAAGCUCCAAGAGAGUAUAGACCCUGCAGGUGAGGAGACCUUGUCCCCAACUUCUCCAACCUUAAUGCCCCGUAUGCGAAGCCAUUCCUUCUAUGCAGUCAAUAUGAAAGACAAAGGUGGUCUAGAAAAGCUGGAGAGUAUUUUUAAAGAAAGGUCCCUGAGCCUACACCGGGCUACUAGUUCCCACUCGGUAGCAAAAGAAUCCAAAGCUCCCGCAGCGCCUGCAAACACCUUGGCCAUCGUUCCCGAUUCCAGAAGACCUUCGUCGUGCAUUGAUAUCUACGUGUCUGCCAUGGAUGAGCUCCACUGUGACAUCGACCCCCUGGACAACUCCAUGAACAUCCUGGGGCUGGGCGAGCCAAGCUUCUCCACACUGGCACCUUCCACAGCCCCUUCCAGCAGUGCCUACGCAACCCUCGCACCCACAGACAGGCCUCCGAGCCGGAGCAUUGAUGUCGAAGAUCUUACCUCCAUGGACACUAGAUCUUUUUCUUCAGACUACACACACCUCCCAGAAUGCCAAAACCCCUGGGACUCAGACCCACCAACCUAUCACGCCAUCGAGCGUUCCAAGAGCAGUCGCUACCUGGCCACUGCGCCCUUCCCUCUGGAAGAGGGCCCCAUGGUGAAGUCUCAUAGCUUUAUGUUUUCUCCUUCGAGGAGUUAUUACGCCAACUUUGGGGUGCCCGUGAAAACGGCCGAAUACACAAGUAUUACGGACUGUAUUGACACAAGGUGUGUCAAUGCCCCCCAAGUGAUCGCUGACCGAGCCACCUUUCCCGGGGGGCUUGGAGACAAAGUGGAGGAUUUAUCCUGCUGCCAUCCUGAGCGAGAGGCAGAACUGAGUCACCCCGGCUCUGACAGCGAGGAGAAUGAGGCCAGAGGCCGGAGAGCCACCAUUGCAAUAUCCUCACAGGAGGGGGACAGCUCAGACAGAGCCCUGUCCAACAACAUCACAGUUCCCAAGAUAGAGCGUGCCAACAGCUACUCGGCAGAGGAGCCCAGUGCGCCAUACGCGCACACCAGGAAGAGCUUUUCCAUCAGUGACAAACUCGACAGGCAGAGGAACACAGCCAGCCUGCGCAACCCCUUCCAGAGGAGUAAGACCCCCAAGCCGGAGGGCCGAGGGGACAGUCUGUCCAUGAGGAGACUGUCCAGGACCUCAGCCUUCCGAAGCUUUGAAAGCAAGCACAACUAACCCUUGUCACUAGGCGUGGCAGAAGGCUCAAGAAUCCAGCCCUGAAAAUUUCCCCAAACUUUACCUUUUCCCCCACUUCCUCGAAUCACACCCACUUUAUUCUUAGCAAAACACACAAAGCUUUGGGAGAUAGUAACACGAUGGUGACUUUUGGGCCACAGAUCAAGAAAGCAUUUGAUCUGACCCCGUGCCAAACACAGGGGAGUUAAGGCAUGUUUGCAUUGCUGGGUAGGGAGGGGACCCAGGGGGAGAAGAAAGGUUAGAGAUGAGUGUGUAUCACCAGUCUCUGCAGAAAGCCAUGCGCUCAGGGCAUCGAGGGUCUCCAAGCCCUCUCUGUACCAGGAGGCAUCUUGUGAUUUCUGCCCAUUAUCAAGAGUCUUAGGUUGCAGGGCUAAAUUGAAAAAUAAAGUAAAGUAGCCUGCGUACAAAAUGAGAUAUUCUAAACUUCAAUUCUGUUUUCUUUUCACAUUGGCUCCAUCACUGGUGACUGAUGAAGAGAAUCCUUUUUAUUCAGUAUAAGCCGGCAGCCAGCAGUUCCACCUAACGACCCACACCCUUCUCAUGCCAACACUUCUGUAAUUGGUCAUUAUAAAGAAAAAACAAGGUAACAGUCAUAGUUCACCUGUCUCUUAUCUAUUCACUUCUGGUGCCACAACUGUUUUAUCUUUUUUUGGAGAAAAUAAGGGAACAGAAAUGCCUUUAUUGUCUUGCAGUCAAAAUGAAAGAGGAGUUGAUGUUAAAACCAAACGUAGGCAUUCGAGUAUAGUCGAGCAAGCUCAGGAUGAAUGUAAUUAAAUAAUUUUAUAUUUUUAAAUUUAUUUUGUAUCUCACCUGUCAUCAAUGAAUUCACUCAUUGAGUAUGUGACAUUGAACUUAAAAAUAAAAUGAAACACAGUGGGCAGAACUAACCUAAAGCUGCCAUAUGGGAUAUUGUUACAUGCUCACCAUUCAUGUCAUGUGUUUUGUGCUGUGUGACCUUCAUUGUGUGCAUGACCCCACUGUGUCUCUGAGCACCCCAAGAUGUAACCCAGCUUCCCAUUCUCCCAUCACCUGACCAUUUUGUAUAUGAAUCCAUGGUUAUACGUGGAUAUUUUCAUACCUAGAGUUUUGCCAUCUAAUCUGAGCUCAGCAUAAAUUUAAUUGGAGUUUUUCAAGGGCUGGUAUCUUUUUUAUGGAAAUGUUCCAAAGUACUUUUUAAGGAAGUUUUCGAAACCAUAAAUAACCUUAGAAUUGACUGAGAAUUUGGUAUCAACCCAAAGCCAUCAGUUGCAGACGUACCAUGAAUAUUUUUCUUACAUACAGAACUAAAAAAAAAAAAAAAGAUACAGUAGUCCAAAAUAGAAGGCAAAUAAAUCAUAUAAAGAAUUCUAUAGUGUCUGCUGUUUAUAUACAUAUAUAUACAUUUACAGAGAGACAUAUGUUUAUGUAUAGUAUAUAAACAGACAUAGAGAGCUUUCUUAAGAGGCUUAUACUUUUCUAUCUCCUGGAGAUAUAGCCACAAUUUUUUUAAUAUCCAAGAAGUUCCACAUAAAGAGUUCAGUAUACUAUUAGACCAAAUGUUGAAAUUAUAAUUUUUUAAAUCUCUGUUACCUUAACUUUUCCUUGAACCAAACAAGAGUUGUCAAGACACUUACCACCUGCCCACUGCACCUUUUUGAUCCAAAUCGCUUACCGUCCAUCUCCUUCAUUCUGGUUUCUCCUACACAUACAAUGCAUACAAUAGGAACAGACAGAGGGUUCUAAACCAGACAGUGCUUUGGACCCUAAAACAGGUGCAUAAACUCCUAGAUCACAAUCUGGAUUUGAAUUGAGAUAUAGAAAUCUGGACACUCCACCCCUCCAAUCUUCUGAUUCCUAUUUGGACCACUGAAGUUUAACAAAAUAAAAAUAAAGGCUGUUAAGAAAAAUGAUUUGAGGUUCCUUGUGCAAGAUACUACCUGGUUCUUUUACUUAUUUAAUCACAGUUGUAAAUAACAAAUUAUAUCUCAUUUUGUGAAACCAUGUAAUUUCACUGACAAAACCUCUAGCCUUUCAAUAUUAAAAAAUACAAAGUAUUUUUUAAAAAACCCUGAGCAAUCUUUUCAGUACAGAGAGUGACAAGUUCACAUAUAUGAAGAAUUCCCUUUAAAUCCCUGGUAUUUAGGUGAAUCAAUGACUUUUAACCCUUAAUUUAUAAUUGCUGUAGCUGGGCGUGGUGAUUUACCUGUAAUCCCAGCACUCAGGAGGCUGAGGUUUGAGGAUUGUGAGUUCAAGACCAUCCUGAACUACAUGAUGAGUUCAAGGCUGGCCUGGACUUCAUAUAGUAAUACUAUGUCUCAAAAACAAAUGCUUUGUUUACUUUAUAUUUACUCUAGGGACUCUUUUACUUUAUUUGGCCCCAAAUUGGUGAAUUUCCUUCUCGGCCAAUACACAUUCAGUCUGUGAUUGAAACUCUAAAAUCUCUUAAAUUUCCUGUGUCAUGAAUCCCCGUGAGGAUCAAUGAAAACUCUAGGCACCUCCCCCCAAAUGUACAUACAUGUGUCAUGUAACUGCAAUAUAACUUCAAAGGGCUCAGAGAGCCCUGGUUGCGGAUUGACUGGUAAUGAGGGAAAGGAACCACAUUUGUUCCUAAUCAGUAUAGUCAUAAUAGGCACUUUAUCUUUUAAGACCAUUUCUCUGUGAUUCUCAGGAAGGCCAAGUCUCAGCACCAGAGUUUGAACCAAGAUUCUAUUACUUUCAUUCCGUAGAUUAGAGUGGCUAGUUCAGUGUCUUACAUCUUAACCUCUGAUGAUUUUUGAGUAGCAAGCACACUUAUAAAGCCAAAGGGCUCUCUGACAGAGUCUUAGAGGAAUCCAAGAAGGAGGUGAAAGAAUUAUUCUUUGACCAUAGAGCAGGACACCAAGCAUCUCCAGUGCCUCAUACUGGGCACUUUCCCCUACUGGAGUAGGGGAAAGACUCAAUGAAUACCAGUGUUUCCAUUUGUUGUGAUUUCCAGAGAGCAAUGAAGACAACCUGAGAAACUAAAUACCUAGAAGUCCUGAUCUUGUGACAAUCUGGUUCUUUUGUUGUGCAUGAAAAUUAACUGCUAGCAUCUUUGAUGAAGUGUGUGAAACAUAUAAGCCAAAUUUAAACAACUUUAGACACAAACUGUGUAACUGUCACAAGCCAUCUCUUUCCUGUGUACAUACCUGUGUUCUUCUUCAGUCCCAUCUCUCCAUAUCUGGGUUCUCUCCACAUCAGUGUGGCAUUGAUUCUGUGGCCUUGUACAGUCGACGUGUGCUCAGUUCAUUUAUUCCAUCAUGUCCCUAUCGAGGAGAUGUUAGUUAUCUGACUCUGUGAAUUAAGCAACUCAUAAGCAGUGAGUUUGUAAGGACCAUAAAUAAAGUCACAGAGAGCUCAAGGAAGCGAUGGCUUGGGUUUAAUCAUCUGCUUCAGAGGUGCCAAUUUUUAUACACUACUCUAUGUAAUGAUUUACUCUAAAUUGCUUGUUCCUUUGGGGGAAAAAUAUUAAGGUUGUUUUAUGAAAAUGACCGUGGAGGUUUCCCGAUUAACCCACAUUAUUUUAUAUUUAUAUUGCAAACCCCACUUCUUGAUGGAUUGAAACGGGGAGCUGGGAAGCUUGAGGAGAAUUGGCACAGAUAGUUGGUGUAAUUCUGCAAGCCAAAAGGUGUAUUAGCAAUUUGAAUGAAGCACUUUACAGAACUGGAUUUUGUUAAGUCUAAGCUUGCAGGGCCAGGACAUUAUUUAGCACUUUGAAAGUUACCCUUUUAAAAUAUAUGUAUAAGAAUAAUCAAGUGGAAAAAAUGUACUCAAAAACACAAGAUGUGUUUUUUUUCUGAAUGUUUCAAAUGUAUCUUAAAAGAUGGUUUCUAUGGAUAAUAUUAUGGUAGAUAACUGGAUAGUUUUUCAUGAUUUUUCUUUUAUUCUGAGGCUGUCCAGUCUAACCUUCCGGAAUGUCUGGGCUGUUUAAUUUCUCUAAAGAGACUAUUAUCCAGUCAUCCAUCAUGCGGUAUCUAUAGGCUAAACCCUAGGGUGUGUCGGGCAAUGCUGUAUUAUAAAACACAUGUUAACAUAUAUGUAACCUGUGUAUAACCCAGCAUAGCUGUAGCAUGUGGUUGUAUUAAUGAACGUUACAGGAAAGCUUUAUAAUCAUUUAUAAAUCUGUAACAUUCAAUAAAGAAGCACAUGUUGCAAGGAUUAA